UUCAUUGAAUUAAAACACUUGCUAUGCAUACGCUUAUUGCAUUUUUCUGUUUAAUAUCUGUCUCAUUAACGGCCAAUGUUAAAUGGAUCCCGAACACAAAUUUCAAUUUGCCGCUCAAUUUCAAAGAUGGAAAAAUUCCCUGUUCAAAACAAAGUGUUAUAUUUCCUGACGUUCUUAAUGGCUUUAUAAACAUAAACUCUGAAAUAGCAGUUGAUAGUUUAGUCUUGCCAUUAGAUGGAGAGUUUGUUUUGUCAGAUGGAUCAAUAGAACUGGGAGCAACGGAUGAUAACUGUACGAAUUCUGGAAAUGUUUAUUUCUUAGAAAAGUCCGUUUCGUCGUGGGCUCAACCUGACGUAUGGAGCUCUCCGAUGUUCAAUAAAGCCACACCAGAUGCAGAAAGAAUUCCCUGUUUUGAUGAUGUUGUCGAGUUUCCCGAAAAUUCGGUUUUUACGGUAUCUCUACCAGAAAUAAAUCAAGUGGUGAGAAGUAUUCGGAUUGGCGGUGAAACAUUUGAUUCAACCUCAUUUGCUGAUUUCGUGUCAGGUUCUGAAAAGUUUAUUAUGAAUCAAGAACAAGAAACUGGAGUUAUUGUCAAGUAUAAGCAGUGCCAGUCUCGCAGUGGCUGCCCAUGCCAGGAAAACUAUCUGACAAUAGAUUGUGCUGCAAAAUUUUGUCAUGUACCCACAUGUGUCGAUCCAAUUGAACCCUUAGGACAUUGCUGUAAGAUAUGUGGUGGAGUUAUCAAUUUUAAAGUCGAUCAGAGUUUUGAUAUUAUGACUUUUCGUGAACUUGUCGAUAAUGUUGUCGAAAGCUAUGGUAAGGAUGAUUUGGAUUAUCAUAUUGGAAAGAUUGGAGAAAAAAUUCAGCUGGUAGUGACAAAUAAAGGAGAAUACUCCGAAACCAGUGCACUAGUGGUUAAUGAUAUUGAUCGACGUAUGGAGAAACAUUGGGUACAAGGCAUUAAGGAGGCUGUUAUUAGUGGUACUCCUUUAACAAAAUAUGGUAUGAGUGGAAAGAUAUUUAUAUCUAUGUUCUUCACCGUCGUGAUGAUCUUCGGCGCAAUUUAUCUUUACUAUUAUAAGUUCCCUGAAGUGAGAAUUCCAGUAUUAGGUGGACCUCUGCUGUCCCGAUAUGGAAGGACUGAUAGCGUUGUAUCAUUGACUAGAAGAGACUCUGUAAUGACAACCCGUUCGGGAAUCAGUACAGCGUUCAGAAACCCAAUGUAUAACUCUAAGAGAGAACGCGUAGUCGUUGCUGAAACAAGUGACGAUCAGUAAACUUGCAUACAAUAAAAAGUAAGUUUAAACUUAAAUGUGUUUAUCAAUUAAGAAACAUGACAGACACAUUACAGAUACAAGAUAUGUAAAAAAAUAGAUAUAAGGCAAGUAGGUGAUAAGGUUACAAACACAACGUUUGUUGAUGUUUUCGUUCACCGUUCGAGCGAAUGUUAAAUGCGCACAUAGAAAGAAAGUCCAUUGGUGCACAGUCUGGGAUCGAACCUACGACCUCAAGGAUGAGUGUCGCAUGCUAAAGCCACUAGGCCAGCAAUGAUAUAAAAAAUAUAUACAAGUUAUAAUUCUAGGAGUCUCCUUAAAUGGUUUCACGUAUACAUUUUUUAUUCAGGUAUUAUUAAUACAACUAAAAAUAACAACAAGAAUUAUAGGAAAAUUUAAACACAUUUACAAAACAAAAAAAAAUUACAACAAAGAUUUUUAAGGCUCUUGAAAGAAGAAUCACAACAUUCUACUAGUGCGCAGACUAAGCCAGGGACAUGAAUAUAUUUAUAACCUAAAUAUCAAUUAAUCCUAAGUCAAGUAAAAUGUAAACGCAUGUACAGGACAGGCGUUGUUAUUUGAAUGAUUUGUUCCUUGUGGUAAGCAAAGCUAUAUUAAAAGCAAUAAACAUCAAGCCUUUACAAAGUGAAAAUAAUAUCGUUGGAAUAAGAAGUAACUCGACACUCGCCGAGUGUUCAGAAUCAUUCGCGAGUGAGGCCUUUGAAUUUGAACUCAAUCAAUAGUAUUGGGUUUCUUGAAAACAACUCAAAAGACUCACUGUCAUGAGCCUCGUUAAUCAUCUUUUGUUAUUGUCACUACGACAAAAACCGGUGCGACAUGGUGUGAUAGAAUUGUUUAUUUUAUUAUAAUUAUAAAGGUUUCAAAUCUUUACAUAACACUAAAAUUUUAAACCUGACCGAAUACGUCCGAACCCUGAUUUUUCACCAAUGGAUUUUUCUAUAUUAUGUAAACUAUAAAAACAUCAAUCGGUACUAACGGUGUAUUUGACUAGAAUUGCAUUAUAAUAAAUGAAUUAAACAGAAACGGCAAGAAAACUUAAACAUGCAUUAUUUAUUAAAGUUAACCACAUCAUAUAUAAGGAAAAUAAACUAUAUCUACAGUAUAUGUUACAAGCUAUCUUUUCUCAACUACAUGGCAAUUAGGGCAAAAGAUAAACAGAAAAAUAGCGGAUUAAGUAUCAGGUAACUUGCUUUUUUAAAAUUGAUUAGCCGAUAGAUUCUUAUUCUAGUUCGUAGUUUCGUUGCUGAAGGUUGUGCCUGUCCUGAAAAGCCCAAACCGAUACGUGGACGUACUGCCUCCAUGCAAUUAUAUCCUCAGCUUGCCACAGGGUCAUUUCGUCUCACCAACUUAAGGAAAUUAGCGGUCCUAGACUUCUCUUACCACCACACCUCCUACGAUUACCAGUAGAGUUUAGAUUUGACACGGUAUGUCUAUUUUCUCGUCAUUGUUUUAUUCUGUAUUGACUGUAUCGAAAUAAUACUAUAUCGGAGAAUUGCAAUAACGUGCUUUUCGUGAAAGGUGAAAAUUCUCCGUAAUGUGAACUCCAUAAUAGGACAAAUCACAA